AUGAUUCAAAGCACCGUGCCCAUGUAUGCUUAUGCCUUCCUCGUUGUUCUAUGCACGUACUGUCUCUCUCGUCGUCUCUAUCCUUCACCCAAGCCUCACGUUCCUAAGAGGCUGACGAGCCUUGCCGAUAUUGAACAAUUGCUUUCCCGUCCUGCCCAUAUCGCUGACCACCUUUCUAGUCGAGCACUUGCCAACGCUCGCCUUGCGCGGGCAUUCAACAUCAACUCGACCUUUGUAAACAGCGACGUUGCUGCGCACGGCGCAUUCACUAAGUUUGCCACCGCCCUCAUUUCCCCGCGAAACCUUCCUUGGGGUCGCCUGGCAUACGUCGCCAAACAGAUGGUAUCUGUUCACUUGCUAUGCACCAACUUCCCCUCCAUCGUGGCAUUCGACACUCUUAUACGAAGGAUCACCCUGCACGUGAUCCUUGUAGCCUUGUUGGCCGGGUAUGUGGACGAGUCCGCUAUCGAAGUGGACGACCUCGAUCUAGUAGCAGUUGGAAUCAACAAGAUCUGGACAUUGUCCAAAUCGUCUACAUACUGUCCGGAGCUGCUGGAAGAGGUCAACCUACGUUUGCGCCGCUGGCUGCCAACAUACGACAAUCCCAUCGAAAUCAUCAUCCCAACUUACGAGACAAUGUGGAGGGUCGUCGCUGUCGCCGUAUCCCUAGCAUACGAUGACGUCGAAGCAACUAGACUCUUCGCCGCCCUCUUGAAGCAGCCGACGAACGAGCAAUACCGCAACCUCGCUGAUAAUAGCAUCAGUGUGGACAACUUCAUGCAAGAAGUCCUGCGCCUUUACCCGCCAACACGCCGCAUCUCGCGCGUCAUGCCAGUCACAAGUCCAUCCAUCCUCACCAAACUCUUACCUCAAUUCUUUACUCGCCAACUCACCGUCGCCGCUGACAUUGAAGCACUGCAGCGUGAUAGCUGUUGGGCCAGUUCUCUAGGAGAAUUUGACCCCGCACGCCAUCAUCCGCAGCGCUGCACUAGGCAGCAGCCUCGCACUCUCCUCGCUUUCGGCGCCGGUAAGCUGACGUGCGUCGCCAAGAAUUGGGCCCCUCAGGCCGCCGCGAUCUUGGUUGCGGCCAUCCUUGACCAGGUCGGUCUUGAGAAGGACCUCAACAUCAAGGCCGGGAGAGCGGUAGGAGGAAGAGAGGGGUGGGAGGGUUGGUCGGUACGGAAGAGCCUUUGA